UAAGGUAUUACGAAUGGUUAAAGUAAAGACUCAAGGACGUGAUGCGUUUCGCAGCACAAGUUUGGACUGUUCGGAUGACGAUAAGUUAUUAAGCAUUCCUGCCGUUAUUGAAGACGAAGAAGAUGACGAUCUAUUAUCAUCAACAGAACUUGAGUUGGCUUUUUCAGAAAAGUUGUCAAAUAGAUUGUUUGAGAGAAGUGAAAGUUCUCAGAGUGACGAACCUAUUUUACGUCGAAGCACGCGUCCUAGAAAACAAGUUUCUUUUCAGCAGAUGGUGCCAACCGCAGAAGCUGUUCCGCUUCGUGGUGAAAUUCCUUAUGUGAGCAGAUCUGCAUCCACCACGAGCAAUUCAUAUCAAUUUUCAUUAUCUUCCCUUCUUCGAGAGAAAAAACAUCGUGAUAAAGCUGGAUAUGAUAUUCGUAGAAUGGAGUCUGCACUCAGUGAAGAUUCUUUUUACGAAAUAGAUGAUCAAUUUGAUAUCUAUGACCGUACAGAAGUUUCUGCUUCAGUAUUAAAUGAAGAUAUAAAACGUGAACAUUUACAACAGAUUUUUAAAGAAGAUGAAAAUGUUGAUUUAGAUCAGCAAGUGGAAUUUUUCUGCAAUAACAAUUAUACAACUUCCAUGAAUGCGGUGGAAGAUCCAGCGUUUGCACUAAUAGCUGGAUCAUCUUCCGACGAUGAAACUCUAAAAUAUAUUCUAUGUCAAGAUUGGAUUCCGCAACAAUACGAACUUGGAAUGAAAUUACCAUCUGAAACUAUUUCAUGGCUGUUAGAAUUAAUAAGCUAUGAGGAAGAUUCAAUCAUAAUAGAAGCAGCUUCCCAUACUUUAAAACCCGCAUUUGGCGCGUCAUCCCGAAUGCUAGGAUAUGAAUGUUUAUUGGAGGAACAUACAAAGUCAUUAACGUCACUAGAACCUUCAACCAAAUUCCCCUAUAUUUACAAUUUGCAAGUUCUUUUGAAAACAAUUGCACCCUUGGUUGAAAAUAGAUUGCUAUCGUUCUCUAACAACGAAGAAAUAAGACGAGCGAUAUGUGUUGUACUUCGCAUAUCUUUGGAUAGACGUAUGUCUUCGAUAUCUACCUAUAUUGAAAAAACAGUCGAUUCGUUUUUAUAUCUUUUCCCUGAAGACGAUUGGAGUUUCCAAAACAUCGCUUCAGCAUGUGGUACUGUGACAAAAUUUAACGCAGUUACAUUAGAAAAUUUACCAGUUUCAAUUCGAGGUCGUUUAUUACGAAGACUUUUGGCAUUUAAAUCACUCUUUACCUCGAGUUCUAAAACUUGGAAUUUAGAUAAGAUCGAUAUCUCGAAACCCUUAUCAUUAGAACCACUUCUAACAUCCCUUGAUGAUGAAGAGUCAAUAUUUAAACUCAAUAUUAAUACAAAUUAUAAUGAGUUAUAUUAUAAAGUAUUAUUACUUAAUUUCGCUAUUGACGACGAAAAGCAGAUGAUAUCUGAAAAGAACGUUAUUGAGGAUAUCAUACAAAGAUUAAAGCAUUUACACGGAAAAAUAGUUGAUAUGAGAGCUGCAUUCAUGGAUCGAACAAAAGCGAAAGAUCUUAUACAUAGGGUUUAUAUGAGACUUUAUUAUGUGACUAGCUAUCGUCGUGGAAAGACACAAACGAGCAUACUCAAAUAUUCACCCAAAAAAAUUCAGCAAGGAACUCUCGACAUGUUUAUCGAUCAAAAAUGUUAA